AUGACGCAGGUAUGUCUCCUAGACUCAGACCGUCUUUCCGCACUCCUACGGGAUGCAAUCUCGUGGAGUGACCAUGUUUCGUCAGUCAUGGUCUCCUCAUUCAACGGCUCUAUUCUUGCCUAUGCAUAUAGGGAUGCCACUCCCUCGAUCAAGAGGAUGCGCACCCAGUCUACCACCAUGACAGCAGCAUAUACAGUUGCCUCGGAGGAUAUCCUUGUCUUUGAGGCUCAGAACAUGGGCGCAACUUCCGUCCUUGCACCGGUCGCAGACCACGUCCUCCUCGCCGUCACUGGACCGGAGCCCAAGCUCGUGAAUGGGGAGAUGCAUGAAGGAGCAAACUCGGCUCACGUUGCAGGGCCCGAUGAAGAGCACGAAGAUGAAGAAGAGCAGCAGCAGAUCCGAACAGAUCUUGAGGUUGUCAGUCAAGAGCUCGCACACCUCUUGAGAGGAGAGUUGGCAACACUGAGAUGGCCGGACGAUAUCUGA